AUGCCCUCGGCCACGGAUGACGACGCGACCGAGCAGACGGUGACGCCGUGGGACGUCGAGGGCGCGGACGGCGGUGGGAUCGAUUACGCCAAGCUCGUGCGAGACUUUGGAUGCUCGACGAUCGAGAAUGGGAUGAUCGAGCGCAUCGAACGAUUGACGGGGACGCGGGCGCAUCCGUUCUUGCGGCGGGGGCAGUUUUUUGCCCAUCGCGAGCUGGACGUGAUCCUGAACGCGUACGAAAAGGGGGAGAGGUUUUAUCUGUACACGGGGCGAGGGCCGUCGAGCGAGUCGCUGCACUUGGGGCACUUGAUCCCGUUUCACUUCACGAAGUGGUUGCAGGACGCGUUCAAGGUUCCGUUGGUGAUUCAGUUGACGGAUGAUGAGAAGUUUUUGUGGAAGGAUUUGGAGUUGGAGGAGUGCGAGAGAUUGGCGAGGGAGAACGCGAAGGACAUCAUCGCGUGCGGGUUCGAUCCGAAGCGGACGUUUAUUUUCUCGGACGUCUCGUACAUGUCGACGCCGAUGUAUAAGAACAUGAUGAAGAUCGCGAAGUGCGUGACGCUGAAUCAGGUGAAGGGGAUCUUUGGAUUCACGGGGGAGUCGAACAUCGGGCAGGUUGGAUUUCCGCCGACGCAAGCGGCGCCGAGCUUUCCAGACUGCUUCCCGCACAUGUUCGGCGAGAGUAAGACGAGUUUGCGGUGCUUGAUUCCGUGCGCGAUCGAUCAGGAUCCGUAUUUCCGGAUGACACGCGACGUCGCGCCGCGCAUCGGCGGGUACAAGCCGGCUCUGAUUGAGUCUCGGUUCUUCCCAGCGCUCAAGGGCGAGAAUGGAAAGAUGAGCGCCUCGGACGCGACGAGCGCUAUCUACGUCACCGACACGCCCAAAGAGAUCAAGAGCAAGGUGAACAAGUAUGCGUUCAGUGGUGGCCAACAAACGGUGGAGGAUCACAGGCGACUCGGGGGUAAUCUGGACACGGAUAUUAGCUGGAAGUGGCUCAACUUUUUCCUCGACGACGACGAGGAGUUGGCCAAGAUUGGAGAAGAGUACAGUAGCGGUCGCAUGCUGAGCGGGGAGAUCAAGGCAAAGUUAAUCGACGUUCUCACUCCCAUCUGCGUCGGACAUCAAGAGGCUCGGGCCAAGGUAACCGAUGAGUUGAUCGAUGAAUUCAUGUCGACGCGUCCUCGCGUGUAUGCCUCCCUCUUUGGCGACAUGGGCGACGUCGCGGGCGCGCUCGAUGAAGCCACGAUCGCGAACGCCAAGCCCGGCGUCGCCAUCGGCGCCCCUGCGAUCGAAAUCAAGCAGAAGAAGGGACUGCUCAAAGCGCAAACCGGAGAAGACGGCGGCGCCAUCUCUAAGAAUCAACUAAAGAAGAUGAUGAAGGAGAAGCAAAAAGCCGAGGAAAAGGCUGCGAAAGCCGCGGCGAAGGCUGCCAACGCCGAGGGCGCUUAG